AUGGAACGGACAGAUCAGAACAUUCGCAAUACUCGGAGGCGCAGAGCUGACAAAGGCAGGAGAAGUUGGAGUAAGCACGAGGAGGAAAUUCUUAUUGUUGCAUUGAAAGAGGUUGUUGCAAAUGGUUGGAAGUCAGAAAAUGGCUUCAAAACAGGGUUUCUACAGGUUUUAGAGCAAGAGUUGGCUAAAAAAUUACCAGGUACCGAUUUGAAAGGACUUCCCCACAUCAACUCCAAGAUCCAUGUCUGGAAGAAGGAUUACAGUAGCCUCCUGUUCAUGCUCUCUAGGACGGGCAUGGGAUGGAAUGACUCGACUAAAAUGGUUGAAGCAAGUGAUGAGGCAUGGGCAUCAUGUGUAAAGGUUGAUCCAAAUGCUCGAUUAAUGAGGUAUAAGAGCUGGCCGUACUAUCCCGAUUGGGUAAAUAUCUUUGGGAAAGACAGGGCAACUGGGGAGCAUGCGGAGGAUAUAGGCAAUGCUGCAAGUCAACCAUUUCAUGAUGCAACGGGUGUGUUACCUGAUUUUGUUAAAGCGGAAGCGGAAGCAGAUUUGGGUGGAGAUGAUCCUGACUGGAUGACGUCGGAAUCAGAAAGUCGUGCACAAGGUUCUACUUCUUCUAGGAAAAGUAAAGGAUCAAAAAGAAAGUCCACACAAGCAAAUGAAGAUAUGACCUCCGUGUUCCGCAACUUCUGCUCUGAGACUGGGGUACGUUUACGUGAGAUUGCGCAGAAAAUAGGUUACGAAUAUGAUGUCUCUGCUGCUCGGAAAGAGGUGUAUUAUGAAGUGGGGAAAAUCCUCGGCUUAAACAUGCAAGAGAAGUUGGUGUCUCUCCCACCUGCAAUUUGCGAAUAUCAUGAGUCCGAGCUUCCAAAGAAAUGUAUAAUCGAGACUAGAGAAGGACGUGAGUAUGAAGUGAUGAUGAAAAUGGUGGAUAAUGACCCGACCUUGGUUGAUGGAUGGGAUACUUACAUUCAACAAGAAUACAUUGAACUACAUAACAUUCUGUUUUUCAAACGAAAGAGCAAGUUCCGUUUUGACGUUAUGGUGACGGACAAAACAGGGUUAGAGAGACCGCCAAUACACCACUUUUGUUUGGACAUAAAAAAAUCUCACAUUGAGCGGGCUCGCUUGCCAAUUCCAAUGCCGUUUUGGAGAGACCACAUCAAGGAUAACUAUGACAACUACACUACGGCGGUCCUCAUCUUCGAUAAUAAGGUUUAUGAAGUGGAUGUAAUUCAUGGCAAUGGGAAGAAAUUGUUGCAAUACCGUGGAGCUCGUAAGUUUGUGACUGACAGUGGUAUUGUCGUUGGUUCUUCAUGCAUGUUCACACAUGUCGGACCUCACAACCAGGAUGAUGUGAUCACGUUCAGGGUUAAGAUUUAA